AACGUAUCGGUGACAAGCUUGCCGGCUAUCGGUGACUUACAAGUCAAGAUCUCAAUCACGCCACGGAGCACGUCAUGGCGGCCGCCAUUCGGAAGCUCAACUAAUGUUGUCAGCAGGCGCCGACGCUGCACUUUCUGCAUCGUACAUUCACCAUGUCCGUGCUCCGCAACGCCCUCCGUCCUCUUUCGCGCGGGUAUGCGACCCAGGCCCCUCGCAUUGUCGAUGGCUUUGUCGGCGCCGUCGGCAACACGCCGUUGAUCCGCCUGAAGCACGCCUCUGACGAGGUCGGCGCCAACAUCUACGCCAAGGCCGAGUUCAUGUCGCCCGGCGGGUCGAUCAAGGACCGCGCGGCGCUCUACCUCGUCACGGAUGCCGAGGCGAAGGGGCAGCUGCGUGCGGGCGGCACGGUAGUCGAGGGCACGGCGGGCAACACGGGCAUCGGGCUAGCCCACGUCUGCCGCGCGCGCGGAUACAAGUGUGUCAUCUACAUGCCGGACACGCAGAGCCAGGAGAAGAUUGACCUGCUGCGGAUGCUGGGCGCUGACGUGCGCCCCGUCCCCGCCGUGGCGUUCGACAACGAGAUGAACUACAACCACCAGGCGCGGCGGUACGCCGAGUCGCUGGACAACGCGGUGUGGACGAACCAAUUCGACAACACGGCGAACCGGGGCGCACACAUUGUCUCGACGGGCCCCGAGAUCUGGGAGCAGACGGGCGGCAAGCUCGACGCGUUCGUGUGCGCGACCGGCACGGGCGGCACGCUCGCCGGCGUCACGCGCUACCUGGUCGAGAAGAGCGAGGGGCGCGUCGAGAGCUACCUCGCCGACCCGCCCGGCUCGGUGCUCUACAACCUCGUCGAGAACGGCAAGCUCGCGCGCGAGGGCACCGGCUCCAUCACUGAGGGGAUCGGGCAAGGCCGUGUCACCGACAACCUCAAGCCCGACCUCGAGCUGCUUUCUGGCGCCGUCCACGUCCCUGACGCCGAGAGUAUCCGCAUGGUCUACCGCCUCCUUGCCGAGGAGGGGCUUUACGUUGGCGCGUCAAGCGCCCUCAACGUCUGGGCGGCCCAGGAGAUCGCAAAGAAGAAGGGCAAGGGGUCUACCGUGGUCACCGUCAUCUGUGACGGCGCGUACCGCUACCAGGCGCGUCUCUUCAGCCGCGUGUGGCUCGAGUCGAAGGGUCUCCUUGAGGCUAUCCCAGAGAACCUCCGCUCGUUCAUCGUCCUUCCUUGAGCGAGCAGCAUGAUAGGCAGCAACAGCGUCGCAGUUCCUCGCCACAGGCGGUCGAGUGCGGCCACGACUCAUGAUCAGGUAUAGGUUGGCAUAUGCAUUGUUCGAUUCGACUCUCCGCCUCCCCUCGGGCUCCCGAGUCCCUAGGAACAUCUGCUGCCGAUUCACUCUCCGCGCCGUGCCUCGACAUCAGCUGCCCCGAGAUAUGAGUUCUGACCUUUCCGCUGAGAAAUCCACGCCCCUUCCCCUCAGCCGUCCAUGAUACAGUGCAUAGCAGACGUGAUUAGCACAUGUAUUAAUGCUACUCGGGA